GAAGCGUGGCGGCCCCGCCCCGUCUCCUGGACCAGCCGCGGCCGCCAGCGCCGCCGCAGCCGCAGGGACCGGCGGACGCAGCAGAGGCGUGCGGUGCGGGACCGAAGUUCCCUCAGAAAAACCACACAUCUCCCCAGUCCACUAUGGCAGACGAAAUUGAUUUCACUACUGGAGAUGCAGGGGCUUCCAGCACUUACCCUAUGCAGUGCUCAGCCCUGCGCAAAAACGGCUUCGUGGUGCUCAAAGGACGACCAUGCAAAAUCGUGGAGAUGUCAACUUCCAAGACCGGGAAGCAUGGCCAUGCCAAGGUACACCUUGUUGGAAUUGAUAUUUUCACUGGCAAAAAAUAUGAAGAUAUUUGUCCUUCUACUCACAACAUGGAUGUUCCAAAUAUUAAGAGAAAUGAUUAUCAACUCAUAUGCAUUCAGGAUGGCUACCUUUCCCUGCUAACAGAGACUGGUGAGGUCCGAGAGGAUCUUAAGCUGCCAGAAGGUGAACUGGGCAAAGAAAUAGAAGGAAAAUACAAUGCAGGUGAAGAUGUGCAGGUAUCUGUCAUGUGUGCCAUGAGUGAAGAAUGUGCUGUGGCCAUAAAACCCUGCAAAUAGACAGGACCAUCUCCACAAGCAGGCCCCUUGGGUCGGAUCUAGUUGUCCCAAAGCUAUGACCUUCAUACGCAACCUCAUGUUUUAUCUUUGUUAUGUUCCUAUUGUUUUGAAAUUGUACUGGCUUAGUUUUGCAGGCAGGUAGUAACUUUAAAAUAAUAUAUCAAGAUGCAUAAUUUUAUAAGUAUCUUUCCUAUAGCAUUCCUGUGGUUUUCAGUAUGUGACCAUAAGAAACAAGUACUCUAGCUUCAGUAGAUGUCACUUGUCUGAGCAAAUCAGUCCUGAACUUCAGUGGUUAACAAACCAGGGUUUUAAAUCAACAAUGUAGCAUCUAGUGGAAUGGAAGUUUCAUGCAUUUACUUUGAAUUGUUCUUUGCUUAUUUCAGACUUAUUGUCUAGAAUUCGCAAGUUAUAAAAUGGAAUUGUCAAAGUUCCAGGCUCUGUAUGGCAAACACAAUUCCUGAAACUAAACUCAUCAAAAAAAUGUCGUUAUUUUGGUGGUCGGGUGUUCCAUGUAUUACCUCCAUCAUGUUUUUCUUUGCCAAAUUGGUGACAAACCUACAUAGUGGUUUUAAUACCUUUUGUGGUUGACAGAGAGGGACACUGAGCAAGUCAAAAAAGUAUUAAAGAAGACACAGAGGACAGUGGCCAAAGAGGUGGUGGGACUGUAGGUUUUAUUUAAGACCUUUGUAACCAGCAUACAAAACAGAGUGAACUCUAGAUGUAUUUUUGCUUUUGGCUAUGUCCCCAACCUCUGUCCCAGCAACAGAAGAACUGGCCUUACAGGGACUCCGCAUGACUUCCAACCAUUAUUUGUGUGUGUUCAUAAUGUUAAGUAGAUUUGUUUUGACAUUAGACUAAAAUUAGGAAUUCUUAAGUUGCUUUGGAAUUCUUGAUUUGUUAAAUAUAUGUACACUUUUCUAAAGUGGAAUAGAAGUAAACCAUGGAAGAAGUACUAUCUUAUUUGAAAAUUAAUUUAUUUUAAAUGUGUAUACAUUUUUUAUUCUCUUGUGACUUCUGUUACUGAUGCAAAAUCUAACUAGGAAAGGAUUCUGUGACCUGGAUUCUUUUAAUAUGUUGUAAAUGAUGCCCUUUCAUUUGUUUAGACUUUUGGAUUGUGUGUAGAUUAUUAUGUCCAGAAUCAUAGACAUAGUUGUGGGUUUGUGAAGAACUCUGACAAAAUCACAGUUAUCUCAUAGGAGCACUUCUUAGAACAAAAUUCUGUAACACCCUGAUUGUCUGACACUGGCUUUCAGGUCUCUUUCAUGAUGUCUGGACCCUCAAAGUCCUUUGUGCCUAUCUAGAACAAAUAUAUGUGACACUGAAACUAUCUAGUCAGCAAUUUGAAAUAGCAUUAAAAAUUCCAGAUCCCAAGAUUUUAGAUGCUUACUUUAUAUGCAGUUUUAAAUUUUGUCUUGGCCUCCACAAACCAAUCCAGAGAAGAAGAAAGGUACUGGAGAAGUGCCUGGAAGAGACUUUAAAGCACAAGAAGUAUUGAAGUGGUAGCAGUUGACUUUAGGGUGACCUUUUAGCUUUUGUCCAUGCAAAGCACAAUUAGGAGUUAGGCUGAAAUCUUUUCACAUAUCUUCUGCAUCCUGCUUUAGAUUUCUGGUGUUUUCAUGUGUGCCUUAGUUGCACUGAUCGAUGUGUUACCCACAGGAAUUCCAGAGUUAUUUAUCUCUGCUGUUUCCUGGUCAUCAUCUGGCCAAUUAACACAGCAACAACAGUGUUUUGAUUUCACAUUACUUCAGGACUGGCAUGCCUUUGUUCUUCCUAAUGUGUCAACUAUUACAGGAAUCUAUUUUCCUUUGCGGUGUAAGGGUGAAUAGCAGUGUAUCUCUAGCUCCAUACCUUAAAUGACAAAAGCUACUUAGGCCUAAGUAUUUCAUUUUAAAUACUAUGUGAAGUAUACAUACUCCAACAUAUAAGUAUAGAUUUUAAACAUACAGGACUGUUUAUUUUCAUGUAAGUCAGUAGAUAUUUCUCUUAGAGCAAAAUAUUUCAUUUAGUAAAGCUUUAUAAUUAAAGGGAAGCAGGGAAGAUAUAUUUUUAACAUAUAACAGAAGUGCUACAGUUGACUCCUAGUAUUUGUCGUACUUGUUGUAGCAAAUCUCCAGUUUCACAAGCACCAUGUAGAGAAUGGAGACUCAUGGAUGUCACUGCGAAUCUGAGUCUGUACACUUUACCUUCUUUCUUUCUUUGCUGUCUAUACAGUAUUAACAGGUUGAAUGUUUUAAUUCCAGAACAACAGGCUUUAUUUCUACUGUGAAGAUUUUGUUACACUGGUACAGUCAUUUGUCUUUAGACUUGGCCUUCAAAUCCUUGAUGCCCUGGGGGACUGCCGGUCAUUUGAAGUGGUUACCAACCAAGCUCUUGACUCUGUUCCCCUGCAUAGUGCAAAUUCCUGUGCCAGUGCUUUAUAUCAGUGACCAAAACCCUUGAGGCCAGACUGAUACUUUUAGCAGAAGAUACUACAAUACAAUGUUUAGAAAAUUUGGGGGCACAUGCUUUUCAUUACCACAGGGUGUGAAUGUGUGUAUAAACACACAUAGCUUUGUUCUUUUCUCAAAGUCCCUCCAACUAUUAAAGUACUGUAGUCUGUAGUGCCUCAAAUGUUGAUUUUUUAGUAAGUUUUCCAGAAUUUGAUUUUAUACUUUUAAGGUUUUUCAAUUAGAUUGUUUUUAUUGAGCUGGAAUUUGAAUGCAUUUUUCUCAGGGCUGUUAGUGCUAAGAGCUGCAGUGUUGUUCUUUUAAAGCUAGCUGCCUACAAAUAGAUUGCAAGUUUUCCCGAAGUCAUAAUACUGUAAUACAUAGAAGCAAAGAUUCUUAGUAUAACAUUUAAGCUAUAUGGUAAGUAGUUCAGAAAAAUGGGAGCAUUAGUAGCAGCUGUACUGGGAUCUUCCCAGUGGUCUUGCCUUGAAACCUUGUCCUUGGUGAUGUAUCUGUUAGCAUCCUUUCGGCACAGAACCCAAAGAGGGUUUUGGAGCCAGACACUGGUGCAGUGGUUCUCAGACACAUUCAAGAACAGACAGGAAAUCCCUAACUCUUUUGGGUAUCUUAAAAUGUUUACAUACUGAAUUCACAUUUGCUUUGAGAAAAUAAGGGUCUCUAGCAUAAAAGCAAAUCUAUCAAAGCAUAUUUCCAUAAACUGCAUAUUGUGCUGAUAACUUUCAAAUCUUCUAAUGUUUAGGUAUAAUAUCUCAUAGUUCUCAAGUCUUUUUUUCUUUUAGCAUUCUGGUGAGUGAUGGACAACAAAGAUUUUUUUAAAUCUAUGGUAGAAAAAUCUUAAAAUUGAAUCUAUGAACUUAAAUCUAUGAAAUGUGUUCUCUGAAUUGGACAAACAACAUUGUUAUUUGAUUAUAGAGGGAACAUUGGGACUUAGCUUUGGAGGACAGAUGUUCUGUGAAAACACAGUUUGAAGUCACUGUGUAAUUUAAUUUGUCCAUUAACUAAACACCCAAAUACCAACAUAACUACCCAGUGAGGUCAAGUGUCCAAAGAAAGCUGUAAACAUUUGAUAAUAUGUCUCAUUCAUGUGGAAGGCUCGUCUUAGGGCAGUGAAUACAAGGCCAUCACUUGCUAGAAAUAUACUUAUUGCCAAGCUUUUCAAUCAGUACCCUCACACUUAAAACAGGUCUGAAACUAUUGACAGUUUCAAGGGAGAUUAAUAUGAAGUUCUUGGAAACCAUUUCUACAUUUGGUGGGAUCUGGUUGAUCUUAGUUUGAAACUGUCCUUUAAAAACACUGGGCACUAAACUAGUCAGCAAUGACUGAAGAGCCUAUUAGAGAUCAUAGCUGUGCUCUUGAAGCUGAUUCAUUAUCACGUUACUCUACACGUAAGCACUUGUUAUGAAGUGACUUCAAAUUGCUAGUUCCAAACCACUAGCUAUAUGUUAUCGUGUAUUUUUGCCUUCCUCCUCAGAAGAAAAUAGAUCAGACAACAUUGUUUAAUCCAUUGGCACUUUGUUAGUAUUUUUUUGUCUGAAACAUCUUGAAUGUACUCGCAGAUGUUUUAGUUAGAACUUUAAAAUUGUAAGAUCUGGAUAUUAUAAUUGUGUGUUUUACAUUUUAAGAAUGAGUAAACUUUGAAUGUUAACUCUCCCCCUAUACUGAAAAUAUACUUUAAAAUGCAGAAUCUUAUUAACUAUAACAUUUUGUUACCUUAAAAUAUAUGUCUGUUAACUUCAUGUUAUAUUAAAUGAAAAUAAACAAAAGUGCACAAGUCUUA